AUGCCGUGGGAUGUGGGCACCUGUGGUCAGUUGGGCACGUCCCUGUCUGAUGCCCACUGGUCUCCUCUGCAGAGCCCCAGCGUCCUGGAGAGCGAGAACUCCCUGGACCUGCUGGACAUCCUGGGCAACCUCUCCUAUGACGAUAGCAACAUGACCUUCCUGGACUACGAUGCUGCCCCCUGCCACAACCAGUACUGUCGCAUCUUCCAGCACGUGGCCCCCGCCUUCCUGGCCGUCACCUGCGCUGCAGCCAGCCUGGGCACUGGGGCGCUGCUGGGGGCACUGGCCAAGCGGCCACAUGCCUGGGGCUGGCCCCAGAGCCGAGCGCUGGUGGCCCAGCUGGCAGUGGGGAUGGGUCUCUUCCCUGCCCUGCUGCCACCGGUUGCAGUGGGCAUCGGGCAGGGCGGGCGGCUGGGCACAGGGCUGUGCAGGGGCACCCACCUGCUGUGGCACUGGAGCCUCUUUGCCCAGGGGCUGCUGGUGGGCAGUGGCUCCUGCAGCACCGUCUGGUGCCGCUGGGCCCCCCGGAGCCGGCGGCUGGCCGUGGCCAUUUGGGCCGGGGCACUUCUGCUGGCAACACCAGCGGCUCUCACCAGCGGCACGGUGGCGGCCCCGGAGAUGCCCUGCAUCCGCCGGAGCGUGGACGUCCGCUCGCCAGCGUACCUGCUGCACCUCGUCCUCUGCCUCUGCCUCUUCUUGCUCCUGCCGGCGGUGCUGCUGGUGGCCACACUGGCUGUGCCACGGCUGAGGGCGGGCUGGGAGCCAGGCAUGGGCACAAGCUGGCUCUUCUUUGGGCUCUGGGUGCCUUACGGCAUGGGGCUGGCCGUGGAUUUCCUCCUGCAAGCCCGGCUGCUGCAGCCCACCUGUGGCACCUUUGAGCACUUUGACUACGUGCUGGGGCUGAGCGAGGGGCAGGGGGUGCUGCACUGCUGCCUGGGAAGAGCUCCGGCUGCAGCUGAGGGCCCUGUGCUGGCCACUGGCACCCCGACCCCCAGCACCAUCCCUGCUCCCCACAGUGUCCACCACCAGCCCCGCAGCUCCUGCCCCACAGGCAGUGCUACCCCAGGACCCAACGGAGGGCGACGUGGCCACCAGGCUUGGUGCCUCUCCUCCCCCGUCCCCUUCCUUGGGGUCUCAGCCCCACUGUUUGGGGCCAGACACCCUGAUUUGCUCAGUGGAGACAGUCCCGGGGUGCUUCAAGCAUCUCCCCAAGACCCCAGUGGGUGUCAGCCCCAGGCUCCUGCACGCCUAUGGGGACCCCCAAGGCUUGGCCCCAGCCCCCCCAGCUCCACGGGGAGAUUUCAGCAGGCAGACAGUGCAGCGGUCAUGUGA